GGGCACUGUGAUGCAGCAGGGCAGCUGCUGGCCCAGCAUGUCUGUCCCCGGCCCCCUCCCGCCCAGUGUGUCACAACAGCGGAGGCGGCUGUAUCUAGAGCAGUUGGGGUGGGCAGGCCCAGCUGGGAGGCGAGCCGGCGAGGAGAGCAGCCGCCAUGCGGGAGUGCAUAUCAGUCCACGUGGGUCAAGCAGGAGUUCAGAUUGGCAAUGCCUGCUGGGAGCUCUUCUGUCUGGAACAUGGCAUCCAGGCAGAUGGCACCUUUGGUGUCCAGGCCAGCAAGGUCAACGACGAUGACUCAUUCACCACCUUUUUCAGUGAAACUGGAAAUGGGAAACAUGUGCCUCGGGCUGUCAUGGUAGAUCUGGAGCCUACUGUAGUAGAUGAAGUUCGGGCAGGAACCUACCGUCAGCUCUUCCAUCCAGAGCAGUUGAUCACAGGGAAGGAGGAUGCAGCUAACAACUAUGCCCGGGGCCACUACACAGUGGGCAAGGAGAGCAUCGACCUGGUGCUGGACCGCAUACGGAAGCUGACAGAUGCCUGCUCUGGCUUGCAGGGCUUUCUGAUCUUCCACAGUUUUGGAGGGGGCACUGGCUCUGGCUUCACUUCUCUGCUGAUGGAACGGCUCUCCCUAGAUUAUGGCAAGAAGUCCAAGCUAGAGUUUGCUAUCUACCCAGCCCCUCAGGUCUCUACUGCAGUGGUGGAGCCCUACAACUCCAUUCUGACCACCCACACCACACUGGAACAUUCAGAUUGUGCUUUUAUGGUGGACAAUGAAGCCAUCUAUGACAUCUGCCGCAGGAACUUAGACAUCGAGCGCCCCACCUAUACCAACCUCAACCGCCUCAUCAGCCAGAUUGUGUCCUCCAUCACUGCCUCUCUCCGCUUUGAUGGGGCCCUUAAUGUGGACCUCACUGAGUUCCAGACCAACCUGGUGCCCUACCCCCGCAUCCACUUCCCACUGGUCACUUAUGCACCCAUUAUAUCUGCUGAGAAAGCCUAUCAUGAACAACUCUCUGUGGCUGAGAUAACCAGCUCCUGCUUUGAGCCCAACAGCCAGAUGGUGAAGUGUGACCCAAGACAUGGGAAGUACAUGGCCUGUUGCAUGCUCUACCGGGGGGACGUGGUACCUAAGGAUGUGAAUGUCGCUAUUGCCGCCAUCAAGACCAAGAGGACUAUUCAGUUUGUAGAUUGGUGUCCCACAGGCUUUAAGGUGGGCAUCAACUAUCAGCCACCCACUGUGGUGCCAGGAGGGGACCUGGCCAAAGUCCAGCGGGCUGUUUGCAUGCUGAGCAACACAACUGCAAUUGCGGAGGCCUGGGCCCGCCUGGACCACAAGUUUGACCUCAUGUAUGCCAAGCGGGCCUUUGUGCACUGGUAUGUUGGAGAGGGAAUGGAAGAAGGAGAAUUUUCUGAGGCCAGGGAGGACCUGGCUGCUCUGGAGAAGGAUUAUGAAGAAGUGGGAACUGAUUCAUUUGAAGAAGAAAAUGAAGGGGAGGAGUUUUAAAUAUAACACUUUCCCCUUG